AUGUCUUCUGUCAGAGAACCCAAUGUCCCCAGGUAUGUUGCGCUGGAGAUCUACGUCGCCGGAGAUACCAGAGGCAACGAGGUGGCCAUGUAUGAACGCAUAAACUGGGUUGCUGCGAAGAUGAAUCCUCCUGGAUGCAGACAUAUUCGCAAGUUCAUCGCAUCCUUUCAGGUGCAAGGUUCUCGUGGGAAGUACGUUUGCAUCGUUCAAGAAACCCUAGGAAUUACUAUGGGCCGUCUCUUCUCCUACUCGAAUAAUAAUUCAUUCUCCAUAGACACUGAAAUCCUUUUUUCGGCACCUGCUUAUAUGUUUGGACCUUCUUCACGAACAGGCAGGGAUUAUACAUACAGAUCUCCAGCCUAA